UGUAAAAUAAGGGUGUUUUCACAGCGGGAAACGAACUCUAGUUCGGUCGAACCAAGUGUGAAAGCACCAUAACGUGUGUGUAGUAAGUACUAUCCUGAUAUGAGCCUGAUUAUUUCUCCGCUAAAAUAUCUCCAAAAUGCAGCUUUGCAUCACAUUACUGAGAUGAGAACUAGGGUGCCACUGCUAAUUUCAGAAAUAUAUUAGUGUAUCGGGGGGGCAGGCAAAAUAUAUUUUUUUAAUUGAUGGAACAACAGCAUUUGUGAGAAAAGGGGACCUUUCAAUAAACACUUAAUAAGAGUUAACCAUGUUAAUUUCAAUCACAUUUAGCAUUAUAUAACAUCUUGAGUAUUCUAUAAACAAAUUUCCAUUGCGAUUGAACAUUUUUCAUAAAUCUAAUUGCCCCACUUAAGAAAAACAAUGUUUAAAUGCGGCCUGCAACAGAGGGGCUUUUUACCCAAAUACUGUCCUUUCACUUACUGGACAGACAAGUGUUUUGUCUCCAAUGGGAUAAUUUCAAGUUUUCUAUUUAGCUACAUUUUAAGUGUUAAAAAUGUAAUUAAAUAUUAGGUCAGAUCACAUCACAUCUAAAUCUUAGACAUUGCUGGUGUCAAGGCGAGAUUUAGUUGCUAUUUAGUGUUUUUGGGAGAAAAUCAAGUCAAAAGUGCCUUUAACCCCGGGGAGCCUUUAGCCCCUGUUGUACCAUGGGCGUCCUACAAAUGAGUAAAAUGACUUUGUAACAUCUAUAUCCAACAGUUUGCAGGUGUCAAAAAAUGAAAAAUGCAAGAUAAACUAUUGUAAAGAUGGAGCUUAUUAAAGAGGAGAGUGAGAACAUGAGUGAUGCAGAACCAUGCAGAGUGAAAAAUGAAGUUACUGAGGGACAAAAAGGUUGGUGUCCAUACUUAUUUAUUAUUCAUUCUUUCAUCUUUAAUCGUCAGAAACAUGAAAUGUCAAAUGGUCAUAUCAAGAGGAAUCAGAAUUUUUGUGAUCUUUUUAAAUAAAAAGCAAACUGAAAGUUUUAAAACUAAAAACGUACUCAUUCAAAAAGACUAAUUAUUGAAACUGAGCUUCAUAUCACGUGAACAACGUCUAUUGUUUGUUCAGAAACUUGACCUGCCCAGUACAAAUGUGAAUUCAGCAUUAAAGAAAUCCAUACUUCAGUGGUUAAAUUUAAGUCUUCAGAAGCUAUAUGAUAGAUGUGGGUGAAAAACAAAUCAAUAUUUAAGUAAUUUUUUUCUAUAAGAAUUAUAGCGAAUUCCAAUUAAAAUAAUUUCGGAACAACCCUUCGAGUGGCUUUCCCAUUCCACAGUGCCCUUCAAGGGUGUAAAAAUGCAGUUUGGAAAAUGCCCUAAAUGCCCUCACCUUUAGUUUCACUUCCACAUUCUUCUUUUGUUUUUGUCAAUUAACUUUCUUUGAUCAUAUCGCCACCUACCAGGCAGGGAGGAGAAUUUAUGGUCAAAAAGAACUUAAAUACUUGACUGUUUCUAAACCGUGAAUUAUCAGAGAAUUUUCAUUUUUGGGUGAAAUAUUCCUUUAAGUUAUUCCUUAAAACCAGAAGAACUAAAAGUUAGAGGAACAUGCUGAAAAGUCUGUAAAACCUUGUGCUUUUCGAUCUGCUUAGGAAUUUAUAGAAAUGAGUGGCUGAAGGUUAUUUUUAACAAGAUCUCUGAUAAGUAUGUUGGUUUAACAAGGCCAAUUCUGUUAUUUAUAAAACUUGUUUUUUUUUAUUAUUAUUUCUGAUUGUAACUUAUGUACUAUAGCUUUCUAACCUAAAGUGUUUUUCCACCAUCAGGCCAUCAGUAGCAUUUCCACUUGAGCAUCAAUUACAAACCAUUCUCUGAUUUCUCUUGGAUCCUAAAACCAUUCUAACCAUGAUGGUGGAACAGAUUUUAGUAGUUGGCCUGUUGGAAGUAAAAGAGGAAAUUCAAGCACUGAGUGAAGUGGAGGAGAAACAUCAGUAUGAGGAACCAUAUAAUUAUAUAACGGGAGAAAAAUCUUCCAGUUACUCACAGACUGAAAAGAUUUUCUCAAGUCAAAAAAUGGGAGUCAAGAGAUCUUUCACCUGCCCCCAAUGUGGAAAGACUUUUAAACACAAAGGAAGACUUAAAAGCCACUUGAAAAUUCAUUUAAGAGAGCACAGUUUCACCUGUCUUCAGUGUGGGAAGAGGUUCAUUAAAAAAGCAGAACUGAAAAGGCACCAACAAAUUCACAGUGGCAAGAGACCGUUUAUUUGCCCCCAGUGUGGAAAGAGUUUCGUACACAAAGAUAUCCUCAGGAAUCACAUAAGAAUUCACACUGGAGAGAAGCCUUUCACAUGCCCUCAGUGUGGCAAGUGUUUCACACAGGCAUCGAGUCUCAACAAUCAUCUGUACUCUCACUGUGGAGACAAGCCAUUUAACUGUGAUCAGUGCGGUAAAACAUUUAUUUCGGCAAAACACCUAAAAAGACACCAGAAAGUUCACGAGAAGCCUUACUUGUGUCCUUUUUGUGGAAAGUCGUUUUCACAGCUGGACCAUUUGAAGCAGCAUCAGAAAAUACAUACUGGUGAGAAAGCUCAUAAGUGUCCAUUGUGUGGGAAUUCCUUUACUAGAGCCGCAUACUUGAAAGAACACAAAAAAAUCCAUACUGGAGAAAGACCUUACAAGUGCUCACAUUGUGACAAGACAUUCAGUCAGGCAGGAUCCCUGAAAACACACAAGAGAGUGCAUACUGGAGAGAAGCCGUACCACUGCACCUCAUGUGGGAAGAGCUUCAGUCAGUCAACUAAUUUACUGACUCACAGACAAAAGUAUUGCCCCAAAUUAUCCAAAGAAUAAAACAAAGAUCUUCUUCCAAAAGAGCAAUUUCAUCAUUUGCAAGAUGAUUAUUUGUUAAAGUACCUGCAGUGGUGAACUUUGUGCUCACUUUGAUUACUGUUUGGGGUAAAGUAUUUGCUCAGAAGUCUUGUGUACCACUUUUGUUGAGUCCUUUUCUACAUAAUGGGAGUACUACAUUAAAGCAUUAAUUGUGUGUAGUACAUGUCAAAAAGUGACAACAAAUAUUAUUGUUUCUCUGUAACCGUUUAAUUUUGUUACUAAUACAGUAGCUGUUGUGAUGCAUUGACAACUUAAAAGAUGUGCAGUGAGAUCAUUAAAGGAGU